AUGGCCGCCUUGAACCGUUUAUCCCAGAGGAUAAGGGAAAACUUCCAUGAAACCACCAGGGACAUUUCCCUCUUGGCAGGGGGUGCCGGUUCUUCCACCGCCGUCUACUUUGACGCUUCUGACGACAAGAUCAGUGAGAUCUCAAAGCUCUUAGAUAGUAGACAGGAACGCGAGAGACUGGAGGGCAUGAAACGGAUCAUUGCGGGGAUGUCCAAGGGAAGAGAUAUGGAACCUUUCUUCGCUCAGGUGGUCAAGAACGUCGUCGCGCCCAGCAUAGAGAUCAGGAAGUUGGUCUAUAUCUACCUUUUACGUUUUGCUUCUACCAAUUCUGAUCUUCUGUUGUUAUCGGUCAAUACUUUCCAAAAAGACCUUUCCGACCCUUCACCAUUGAUUAGGUCCAUGUCACUACGUGUUCUCACUUCGAUCCGAGUUCCAGUCAUUCAAGGUAUCGUGAUGCUGGGACUGAAGAAACUUGUGACAGAUCGAAAUCCUUGGGUUCGCAAGACCGUCGCAGGUGGUCUUGCCAAAGUAUACGAAAUGGACCAUUCUUCCCUUCCUCAACUUAUUGCCCUUUUACAAACUCUACUGUCCUCUCCGUCGCCCCUCACAUUGGGUGCAUCACUCACUGCAUUCUCAGAGAUGUGUCCAGAUCGACUCGACCUUCUGCAUCCGUAUUACCGUCAUAUCUGUCGAUUAGUGGUAGAUGCUGAUGAAUGGGGUCAAGUGGUAGCUCUGAACGUGUUGACGAGAUACGCUAGGGUCAUGUUGGAAAAACCAGAUAUGGCAGGUGCUGUCCGCCCAUCGACGAAACUACCCAAGGAAAAGAUGAUGGGUGAUGAAGAAGAAGACGACGACGAAUUUGAAGGGUUAGAUGUGGACUUGGCAAUGUUCCUGGACUGUAUUCGACCUCUGUUCCAAUCGAGAAAUGCGGCGGUGGUACUGGCCACGGCUAUGGCGUAUUAUCAUCUGGCUCCUGCCGGACAUGAUGUUAUCGGUCAAGAAUUGAUAGUUUUACCUUUGCUCAGGUUGGCUAGUACCAAUCUCUCUAUCGUCGGAGGUGAGGAGAUCGCUUCUCUGACAUGGGAAACGCUAGCUAUCAUAGUGGAAGAAAGACCGUGGCUGUUCAGUCUUCAUCAAACUUGCUUCUAUCUGCAUGAAUCCGAUACCAGCAUGGUGAAGUCGGCCAAACUCAGAGCCAUGCAUUACACUCUCACGUCAAACGAAAAUAUAUCUUCCCAGGCGGUCCAAGCUAUAGGUCAUUGCGUCCGUACUCAACCUGAGGUUUCAUCUAUGAGUCUCAGUAUUCUCAUGCGUCUUCUCAAGAGUCGACGAGAUAGCUUAGUAGCACAAUCGGUCAUCGUAUUGAAGUCUGUCAUCCUUGCUCAAACAAGUAUCUCGGAUCCUCAGCUUUUAGUAGGAAGGUUGGUGAAACAACUAGAUGGGAUCACCAAUCCUGCCGCCCGAGCAAGUGUGUUCUGGCUGGCAGGUCAGUACUCCGCCAGUGAUGUUUCACCUUCUAUGGGAUUGGGUUGGGAGGGCAUGACAUCUUGGGCUCCUGAUGUUCUUCGAAAAGGCAUCAAGGGGUUUAUCUUAGAAUCAAGCAUCGCCAAACUCCAAAUUCUCACUCUGGCCACUAAACUCCUGGUACUCUCUCCUUCCACCCCACAACUCACCUCGAUGUCCCAGUAUCUUUUCCAACUAGCGCGGUUCGACAAAGACUACGACGUUCGAGAUCGUUCUCGUUUCCUUUAUUCUCUCCUAAAAGGCGUCUUCGUUCACUCGUCUCCAUCCCUUACAGAGUCAGACGAGGAGACGACCGGAGUGGUCUUGCGUAGAGAACAAGUGAAAGUGGUGGUGCUGGGGCAAAGAACGGUCAAGGUGGAAAUAAAUAAGGACCAAAGUGGAGAAUAUGACGUGGGAAGUUUGUCAAGUUUAGCCAAGAAGAAAUUAGUGGGAUAUGAGAAUAUACCUGAUUGGACUGAUGAACCUACUGAUUCUUCUUUACGAGAUUCAGAAGUAGAAAAACCAAUCAUGUCAAUUCCCUCUCUCUCCCCUUCCCCUUCUCCAAUCCCAAUGCUCAAUAAUUCCACAUCCUCCACCCAAAAAUCUAUCCUCACUCCUGUCGAAUCACCAGCACCUGGAUCAUUGAAUCAAAAAAAUGAAUUUAGAGAUCUUGAUGCUUUUCUCAAUAGUGAGACGGAGAGUGAAGAAGAAACAGAAGAAGAGACGUGA